CCGUACUUUGAUCAGCAUUCUGUUUAUUCUUACCCCAACCGGAUUGCAUCCAACCGUCUGGUUUCUCCACUGCUCUCGGUUACCUAUGUCGAAAAUUGAAGAGGCAAAGAAAAAGGCCAGUGAAACAGCUGUUGAAGAUUGGCUCCAGGACGAGCAAAUAAUAGGUAUUGGUAGUGGCACCACGAUAGAGUACGCUGUAGAAGCCAUCGGACAGCUCACAGAGUAUCAACCGGGAAGUUUAGAAUCAAAUGCUCGAGAUCUCUGUGUGAAGUACAAUCUGGAGUUGACCAGUUUGGAUAUUCACCAUAAGCUAUCUGUUGCCUUCGAUGGAGCGGAUGAAGUGGACGAGUCGCUCACUUUGAUCAAAGGGGGUGGAGGCUGUUUGCUUCAGGAGAAAAUAGUGGCUUCUUCUGCUGCAAAUUUUAUAGUCCUCGUUGACGAAAGGAAAUGCUCCAAGAAAUUGGGCACACAAUGGACGAAGGGCCUUCCGAUUGAGGUGGUACCAAUGGCGAUCAAGCCGGUUCAGAUACGAAUCAAAGAAGUUUUUGGUGGUAAUCCCCUCCUGAGGCCUGCGGGAACUAAAAUGGGACCUCAACUAACUGACAAUGGCAACUUCCUCUUAGAUUGGCAUUUCGACCCUCAGGCCAAUUACGAUUGGCAUAAAGUUGAAGACACACUCCUUCAUAUGCCAGGAGUGGUGGAAACCGGCCUCUUCAUCGGCAUGACACGCAAGGUGUAUGUCGGAAACCUGGAUGGCUCCACAAGAAUUCUCGGUGAAUGAAACUCGAAUUCAACCGACCCACUUCCAUAGAUGCCAUUCUCAUUUUGUAGUCAUUAUUUUUGUAACUUUUUUGUCUUACUCCGGCAACAAGCAACGACGAAAUCUCACAUUUCAUCAGUGCUUGCAGUUAAUCCAUUUUGAGAUUGCGUAUUUAAGUAGUGAUCUCUUUAAGCACACUAAUUUCAUACUGUGUUUGAAUGACGUGGUGCAUCAAAUAAAUGAGCCCUGACCAUGGUCAGUCGAAUG